CUUUUUCUACUUUACCAAUUUUGUGUUUAAACUUAUGUCAACCACUAACAAUACUAUGAGAAUUGCCUCUCCCUCUCCCUCCCCAUUCAGUUUGAGAGAGAGAGAGCACCAUAACAACAAUGGUUUUUACUUUCCUUUUCUCUUCUUUUCUUGCACAAUGAACACACCACCACUAACAUAACCAAUGGCGAUUGAGGAGAAAUCCCUGCUCGACGCCCUCUACUGCUCAGAGGAGAAAUGGAACGACGUCGUCGAAGACAUCAACGACGACGAUGUUGAGAUUGACACCCACACCAACACAAAUAUCUCUCUCUCCCUUUUCUGGGACGACGACGAGCUCCACUCCCUCUUCUCCAAAGAGACCCAAACCCACCCCAACCCAUCCACCCCUCCCUCCCCAGAAAGGAAUCCGUCGCUUGGAUCCUCGGUUAUCUUCAAUAUAACUUGGUCCGAAUUCGCUUGUCGUUCGAAACCUGCUCGCCAGAUCCUCAAAACCAACUCCCACUCCUCCUCCCCUCUCACCGCCAUCCUCGCCCUCAAUUUCCUCGACCACUUCCUCUCCACCCUCCCUGCCAACGACAACCACCCAUGGCUCAUGCACCUCGCCGCCGUCACCUGGCUCUCCCUCGCCGCCAAGGUUGAAGAAACCCACGUCCCUCUUCUCCUUGACCUUCAAGUUGAGGACACGAAAUACGUCUUCGAAUCCAAGACCAUUCAGAGAAUGGAGCUUCUGGUGCUCUCCUCUCUCCAAUGGCGGAUGAAUCCAGUCACCCCAGUCUCAUUUCUCGAUCACAUUAUCAGAUGGCUGGGGUUAAAAAGCUACAUUCACUGGGAAUUUCUCAACACCUGCGAAACCCUCCUUCUCUCAGUCGCAUCAGAUCCCAGAUACACAAUGUAUCUCCCUUCUGUGUUGGCAACUGCAGCAAUGCUCCACGUCAUCCGCCAGCUCGAGCCGCGCCGAGCCGACGAGUACGAGAGCCAGCUUCUCAGCGUGCUGACGAAAAACAAGGGGGAAGUGGAUGAGUGUUAUGAGGUGAUUAGAGAGUUGGAUUCAAUUUCAAACACUGGUUUGAGUAUCCAUGGAUUAAAGAGGAAAAUGUGCCAAGGUCAAGAUGGUGAAAUUUUGAGUGAUUCUUCAUCUGUUUGCAAGAAAGCAAGAGUUGAGCAGCAACAGCAGACUCUCUCCCCUCUCUCUGCAAAUUGAAUUUUCUAUUUUAAAUUAUUGUUUCUUGGAUUCCACCAGCAAGUCUGUCAAAUUGUGCACAAGAAGAAAAAAAAUAUACAGGGAGUUGGUAGUGGCAGCUGGCAUUUGAUGGUAGUGAAAAAAAGACAAAUGGCAAUGAAGAAUAUCUGCCUUCUGUUGGCUGUCUCUCUCUAGUCUCUAUGAAUAUAUUUUCAUGAAUUGAGGCAUAUCUUAAUCUUAAAUAAUCUUUCUUGUAAA